AUGGCAUCCUCUCUAAAGGUCCUUGGCCCUAUCUUGGCCCUGCUGUUUCCCCUAUGUGGGCUGCUUAUACACAGCCAGAACCUUUCCUGGAGGGAAUUCAUGAAGCAGCACUACCUGAGCACAAGCUGGAAAUUCAGCGACUACAAAUGCGAUGAUCUCAUGAGGGAAAGAGGAGCUCCAAAAGACAGGAACUAUCACACCUUCAUCUAUACCUUGUGGCACAAAAUCGAGCAUAUAUGCCUCAGGAAGUGGAGAGAUCGUUACAGAAAUGUAUAUAUAUGGGCCCAGCAUCCCUUCAAAAUCCUCCAGUGCUACCAGGAGAGUAACAAAAAGAGCUACAGAGAACAUAGCAGCUACAGCUACAUUGAAUUCCACUGUGGCAUGAAUGGGUAUGUGGACAGCAUAGAGGACAUCCAAUUGUUAGACAUCAAAAAUUAG